AUGUUCCCCUCGCAGGCGGCUAAUUUUAACAUUGAGGCCCUGAGCGGCAUCUGUGGAUCAAUUUCAAUUGCCUGCUGGGUCGUCGUGUUCUCUCCGCAGAUCAUUGAAAAUUUCCAACGCGGCUCUGCAGAUGGCCUUUCCCUUCUUUUCCUCAUUGUUUGGUUGGCUGGAGAUGUAUUCAACAUCUUAGGCGCCGUCAUGCAGGGUGUGCUUCCCACCAUGAUCAUCCUUGCUGUGUACUACACUCUAGCAGACAUAGUUUUACUGGGUCAAUGCUUUUACUACCGAGGAUUUAAUCUCAGAGACGAGUUGUCUCCUUCGCCCACUCCGGAAGCUACACCAUCAGUCAAUGGCAUCCAGGAUGCUGAGGCUAGUGGUGUCGAGCACCCAGCACCUACGGAGAGAUCCGCUCUGAUCCCCAAUUCCAACGGUCAUGUUCAAAUCCAAGAACCAGCCCGAAACGCAGCUGGACAGUCCUAUCAAGAAGGCAUACACCCAGUCUCUGCUUCAGGCGAAAGGCGACACUCAGCUGCCUCGUACCAUGAUAUCUUCCAUUCAUCGGUGGAUGGAACACAUCUUUCCCCUGCAACCCCAUUCGUCGAGCCCGACUCGUCACGCAGCCGCUCUCAACGAGCUCGUCGCCGUCGCAUUUCAACCAUCCAAGCCAUCCUCUUCAAUUCCACCGCCGUGGCAUUAGUAUGUGCCGCAGGCGUGCUGGGAUGGUACGUCAGCCCGGCCUCGAAGUCGUCAGCGCCGGACCCGGAACCUCUUACCAUGGAUGUCCUUGGCCAAGUCUUCGGGUACCUUUGCGCGGUACUGUACCUGGGAUCACGUCUGCCCCAGCUACUCCUGAACUUCCGCCGCAAGUCGACAGAUGGAGUCUCUUUGCUGUUCUUCCUAUUUGCUUGCAUUGGUAAUCUCACCUAUGUGCUGUCCAUCUUGGCAUACUCGCCUGUUUGCCACGGCGAAUCAUCUUCUGUGGAUGCUAUGGGUCAUCGCCACCGCGAGAAGUGUCAUUCUGGUGAGGCGGCCGCUCUCUAUGGGCGGUAUGUGUUGGUCAAUCUGUCCUGGCUUGUUGGUAGUGCUGGCACGCUGUUGUUGGAUAUGGCGAUUUUCGCGCAGUUCUUCCUCUACAGUGACGGCAAGGGUGUUGAUGAUGAGCAUGAUGACCAGGAGUAA